AAACAAAAACAAGGGAUUUGGUUCCGCCUCCGCUGUGGAGGCGACGGUGCCCGCAGAGGGCCGGGGCAUUAAGGGCCGGCACUGCGUCCCGGCCGGAGGGUGGGCGCACGGGAAGCGGGAUGAAGCUCCGGCUGUGAGGCCGAGGCGGAGGUGGCUGUGGCUGUGGCAGUGGCAGUGGGGGGGAAGGGUCCGAUGCCGGUCCGGGGACACAGCUGAGGCGGCGGGUGCCCGACCUCCGGAGACAGGUUCGGACGUCCCCGCCGCGCCAGUCCUCACCGGACCGUGACGCCGCGGGCCGGUGGAGGCUACUCUCCGGCACGGGGCUCGCUGGGGUGGUGCUUCCUGGAUUGACAGCCCCAGGACUCCGCACAGUUGAGGAACCUGGCAUCAGUGGAUGGACGUGUGAUGUCCAGGCACGGGGUGGGCUGGACUUCUGUCCCCCAACUGGGUGGGCCACGCCACUCCAUCACUCUCUCGGAUCGGUGUUUUGCCACUCGGGUGGAGCGGGGGUAGACUCUGCCGAAGCGGUUGGAGAAGGCUUGGGGGCUGAACUCCAGCGAGAGGGGCUUCAGGAGCUGGGCUCCCCGGGCGAGGCGGGGCUCGAGAGUCUCCUCCCUCCGGUUCUUUGUUCAGUCGCGAGACUUUCUCUCCCCUCCCCCUUAUUGUGUAAAGCGCCCACUCCCAAGACCCGCUGCCUUAGGUGCCCCGGUGCUUUCUGCAGACAGAAGCCCCUCCCCACCCCCCCACGGCUUCAGGUGGGGCGGACCUUCCGGACCCCGCUGCCCCUGGACAGUUUCCGGUUUGGGAAACCGCGGGGAGUCUGGGGCUGGCCGGUUUGACCCAGCGCUGGCCGGCGGACGAGAGCGCGGCCCCUCCUCCUGCCACACCUCCCUGGCGGUGGGGGAGGUUUGCGCUGGGGUUCUGGAGGACGUGACUGAUCCCCUCAUCCGCUCCUAGCCAGGGGUGUGCCGGGGCGUCUCUCGCUUGAGAUGAAGGAUUUAGGGGCAGAAUAUUUGGCGGGUCGUGAAAGGGUCCAGCUCUUCGGAUUGUUGAACUUCUAUCUAGAACAGGAACAGAGAUUCCAACCUCGAGAAAAAGGGCUGAGCUUGAUCGAGGCUACACCGGAGGAUGACAACACUUUGUGUCCAAGAUUGAGAAAUGCCAAAGUAGAAGAUUUAAGGAGUUUAACCAACUUUUUUGGAUCUUGCACUGAAACUUUUGUCCUGGCUGUCAAUAUUUUGGACAGAUUCUUGGCUCUUAUGAAGGUGAAACCUAAACAUUUGUCUUGCAUUGGAGUCUGUUGUUUUUUGCUGGCUGCUAGAAUAGUUGAAGAAGAAUGCAACAUUCCCUCCACUCAUGAUGUAAUCCGGAUCAGUCAGUGUAAAUGUACUGCUUCUGACAUAAAACGGAUGGAAAAAAUAAUUUCAGAAAAAUUGCACUACGAAUUGGAAGCUACUACUGCCUUAAACUUUUUGCACUUAUACCAUACUAUCAUACUGGGUCAUACAUCAGAAAGGAAAGAAAUACUGAGUCUAGAUAAAUUAGAAGCUCAGCUGAAAGCUUGCAACUGCCGACUUACCUUUUCAAAAGCAAAACCUUCUGUGUUAGCUUUGUGCCUUCUCAAUUUGGAAGUGGAAACUUUGAAAUCCAUUGAAUUACUGGAAAUUCUUUUGCUUGUUAAAAAACAUUCCAAGGUUAAUGACACCGAGUUUAUUUAUUGGAGGGAGUUGGUUUCUAAAUGCUUAGCCGAAUAUUCUUCUCCUGAAUGUUGCAAACCAGAUCUUAAGAAAUUGGUUUGGAUUGUUUCAAGGCGCACAGCCCAGAACCUCCACAACAGCUACUAUAGUGUUCCUGAGCUGCCAACAAUACCAGAAGGCAGUUGUUUUGAUGAAAGUGAAAGUGAGGACUCUUGUGAAGAUAUGAGUUGUGAAGAGAGUCUCAGCAACUCUCCUUCCAGUGAUCAAGAGUGCACUUUCUUUUUCAACUUCAAAGUGGCACAGACACUAUGCUUUCCAUCUUAGAAAUCUAAUUGUUCUGUGUCAGAAUUUAAAGUGUGUACAGGUUUCAAAGCAAUAAAUGGGGGAGUAGGUAGUUUCUUGGUCCAUCCCCCAUCUAGGCAGAAAUUGCAUAGACUGGAAUACCUACCUUCUAUUUAUUAUUCAGAUCAGAUCUGGCCUAUUUUCAUAUUUAAUCCUAAGCCAUCAAAUGGGUUAGUGCCUCGUAAGCAAUUAACAAUGUUUCACACAUUGGCACUUUAUUUUUCUCAUUGAUCUUUAGCUACUUGGGGGAGGAGGGAAGGUGCUUAUACCUUCAAUUUACUACUUUUCAAGAAGAUUUUUAAAGAUGAAUAGUGCAGCUUAUCUUAAACUUUUUAUAAAGCCUUCACGUGUCUUUCUUUAAACAGAUUGGGAGCGUAAAGUGCUUCCUCAGCAGGGACAUUGGAUAAUCCUUUAAUGGUUUGUCAUAGAUCUCCCCUACUCUCCAUUCUCAGAACAGAGAAUAUACUCUUAAAUGUCAGACAUUCUUUUUGUUGCUUUAUUGUUGUUUCCUAUAUGAUCACUCUCUGAUGCAGACUCUAUAAACUUAGGAAUUAUUAAUAGUGACAUUUCUGUGAGGUUUAGUAUAUAAUGUGUUGAGGUUUUUGCUAAAGCAGAAAUCAUUGACAGGCUAGGAUUGUUAGAUAGUUGCAUUUCUAAUGCUUAAGUAUUGUCAGACUAUAGUAUUAUUUUAAUGUUAUUAAAACAAUCCAUAAUCUAUUAGUUAUGCCUACACCUGUAUGAGAGCGGUGCAGGCAGUUGGAGAGAAAUAGGUAACUGUGGAAUGGUAAAUGUUGAUCUUAGUAACAUAUUUUAUUUUGUUUUUUUAUAUUAAAAAAAGUCUGCAUGAUUAUGUUUUAUUCCCUUUGUAAUUCACAUUUCAAGAUUAUUGGUAUUAGUAUAUGUGUGCCAAGACUGAACAUGAAGUAAGAAAAAAAAGGAAGUGUUUGUAGUAUUCUAGUUUUCAGCAUAUGUGUGGUUGGUACAGCCAUGAGAAUAGGGAUUUACAACUCUGUACACUUGAGAUUUUGUACAGAGAAUUUUUUUUAAGUUUAUAAAUUGUAUAUGAAAAUGUAAAUCUUUUAAAAUGUACAUAAAAAUACUGUAUUUUUUUACCUUGUGUGUGGUAGUUUAGUCAUUGCAUGUAAAUAUAAUUUAUUGUGUAUUCUGUAUUAUAAACGAUACCUUGAUGACUUUUUAAAUGGUAAGUCAGCAUCCACUGGAUGUUUUCUGAAGUGGAUCUUUUUGAAGUAAUGAUAGAUUACAAUUCAAAAUAAAAAUAUUAAUGAAUUAUA